AGUCAGAUCGCUCGCCGCUCCGUGCCCUAGCGCUGCCGCCACCGCAAACCGCCGCCACCAAAAUCGCCGGCGCGAGCGAGGAGCCACCGGCGAGGGCGGCGGGGUUGGGAUGGGCGAGGAGGGCAAGUACCUUGAGACGGCGCGGGCCGAGCGCUCAGUGUGGCUGAUGAAGUGCCCCCCUGUCGUCUCGCGCGCCUGGCAGGCCGCCGUAUCCUCCUCCGACGCGGCCGGCGCCAACCCUAACCCCGUCGUCGCCAAGGUCGUCCUCUCCCUCGACCCCCUCAAGUCCGAGGAGAACUCGCUCCAGUUCAAGAUGGAGAUGGCUCAAAAUAACACUGGCAAUACACCAAAGAGUUACUCCUUGAAUAUGUCCAAGGAUUUUGUACCAAUGUGUGUUAUCUCUGAGUCUAAUCAAGGGAAGCUAUCAUGUGAAGGAAAAGUCGAGCAUAAAUUUGACAUGAAGCCUCACAGUGAUAAUUUGGUGAACUAUGGGAAGCUAUGCCGUGAAAGGACACAAAAGUACAUGGUCAAAACUAGAAAAGUGAAGGUGCUUGAGGAGGAUCACAGAAUGAACCUGAUACCAUUGCCUGGGAGAGUUGGUCUCAUACCUUCUGGUUCGAAGGAGAAGAAGAAGCAAACACCAACCAAACCAUCUGAUGCAAAAAGAAUACGUCGGGAUCGCAGGGAACUGGAAAAUAUUAUAUUCAAGCUUUUUGAAAGGCAGCCCAACUGGGCGUUGAAGGCCCUGGUGCAAGAAACUGACCAGCCGGAGCAAUUCCUGAAGGAGAUACUGAACGAUCUUUGUUUUUACAACAAACGAGGACCAAACCAGGGGACGCAUGAGCUGAAGCCUGAGUACAAGAAAUCUACAGAGGACACUGAUGCUCCUUGAAUAUGCUAGAUUUAACUGCUUUCGGAUAACCAAGAUACUAAACCUGUUGACCCUGAAGUGAUGAGCGUUUAGUUGUGAAAACGUCAGAUAUCUCAGUAACACUAAUUUUGCUGCUAAAUUCCUAGAGGCAUAGAUGGAUAAUUAUAAGGAUAGUAUGAUACAUUUAUUAGCGAAAAAGAAAAUUUGGAAAUAUGUCCAGGUUAAAUAUUGUUCCUUGUGCCUUGUGGGACUCACAGCAGUCCUUUACAUUUUCACAGCAAAAUAUCCUCAGUUUUUUAAAUCACAAUACAAU